UUCUCGGCGCUCGCUUGGACCUGAUCUCAGUCCGUGAGUAUCCGUCGUCCGAGUCGGUUCCCCCGUUUCGAAGCGCUGUCCCUCGGUGGCAGAGCCCCACACGGCCACGCAAAACGUAAGCGGCGGCGGUGUGUGUAACGCAGGUGUAACGCCUGUUGCGGUGAAAUUGGUGAAGCGAAUUACUGCGCUCUUACCGCGAAGCGGCGCGGCAGGUGACAGGUGUGUGCGCGCGCGGACGUCAUCUGUGUCUGUGUGUUUGUGUGUGUAUGUGCGCGCGUGGUUUCGUUGGAAAAAAGAACGAUUUCGCGCGCGGCUCUCUCUCUGUCUGUGCCUACCUACGGUGUGGUGUUGUUCUAUUUUCGAUCUUGCGGGCAAAAAUUGAAAAGAACGAUCGACCGACCGACUGACGGGUUCACUGAACGAAGAAUCAGUAUGAUUGAAGAGUAAUCAACAGAAAACGUCCAUAAGUUUUUAGAGAAAUAAAGGUGCUGUAGUGAAAUCCUAGAAUCAAGAAUCAGUUUACAGUUUACUUGUCAUACGUUAUGAUCUGUAUUUGUGCUAGUGCUUCAAGUUGAACAAACCGGAUCAACCAUGCCUCUGUAUUCCGAGCUGUACUACAACUACAUCGGCAACACGCCGGUCAUUCCGACUCCGCUGUCGUCGACCAUCCUACCGUCCAGUAACUACACGGCCCCCAGUUAUGUCGGGGUAUCCCGAGGCUUUCAGAGCCCCAUCAUCGUGGGCCGUACACCGUCCUUCACGCGAGGUUACGUCCCGAAGCUGACCCCGAUUACCGAGACUCCGCUCACCUCAGCCAGGGUAACGGCCUUGACGCGGGCCAAUUCGUCCAAAUUUCAUCCUCACACUUCACCGACCUAUCAGAAGCCACGACGUGUCAUCAACACUGCAGAUAUCGACGUCUCAGCCAGUCGCUAUGUGCGAGAUCACACUCCCAAACGGUUCCUCCCAUCGUCCCCAACCUCGUCCUUCUCCUCUCCUGAACCCAGCCACACCCCCGUUACCUCAUCCACACCAGAUCCCACUCCAGCGUCCACCACCACGUCCAUCAGCGCUCGCGAACAGGAACUCAUGGAACGCGUCGAACAGCGCCGGCAACGGUCUACCAUCAACCGUAACCGGGCCGUCGUACGGCUCAACACGAUGCGUGCUCGGAGCAAGUCUCGCGGCAGUCGAGGCAGCACCGAACGCAAGACCCCUCAUCACUCACCCGAACCGGAACCGUCCUUCGAAGAGGACAUGCUACUCUUCAAAGAACCACAGUCCAAAACCACCUCAUGGAGGGACCAAUUCCGCGACGAACUCUCCCUACGCCCCAAGAAAUCCGAGCCCGCCAAGAGUCCCGGCGAACUUCUGCUGGAGAAGCAUCUGAUCCGCGAGGGCGAAGACAGUCCCAUCAUCCUCGAACAGAUAAUCGCCACUUCACCGGUCAUGAUGCGCCGCGGUACAAUCCGACGCAAAAGUGCCAUCAAAAUCCCAAGCUUCCACGAGAUCUGCGAGGACAUCAACUCCGACAAACUGGACGAUGACCUCAACGCCGGUGAACUCCGCCGACGAGCGUCCCAAAUCAUCGAAGACGAAAUCGCCCAAUUCCAGCAGGAACUCCAGGAAUCCAACGGCCUCCUCGGCGACGACCUGGAAGAACGCAUCAAAGAAGCGCUCGAGCAGCAGACUGUCGAAUCGGUCGUUGAAGUGCCGGAAAAGAAGAAACAGAAAAAGUUUAAGCGGACGCGUACCAAACCUCUCCCGAAGAUCGACGUCGAAAACAAUGUAGUGUACGAUCAGGUGGACGCCGCCGGCAACCCUCUCAAGAUCACAAUGGACUCCCCAAUCAUCGAGUCUUCCGCUCCGCCGAAACUCCUCGCCGAAGUGGAAUCCAUCGAAGAGUGCACGGUCUUCAAACUCCCGAAGAAAAAGAAGCUUCCCGAAGACCUGGACGUCACCACUCCUCCCAAGAAAGCCUCCCAAAAGAUCACCGCGAAAACGAUCGAGCUGGAAACCGCGUCCCCUGCUCAGAAGAUCGAAGUCCUGAUCAUAGAUCUACCAGAAGCAAAAGUCGCAUCCCUCGAAGAACCGACCCGGAAGCUGGAGCAACCGAAGCCACUGACGGAGAAGAAACCGGAACCACCGGAAAAGAAACCUCUCGGCAGUUUGGCCGAGAGGAAGAAGAUCCUGGAGCGGCAGCGCAAGAUGGACAAGCUGGCGAAGCUGACCGAACGAAGGCCUCCUCCUGUGGAGGCAGUUCCGGCGGCUUCUGCGAAGGCAAGCGAUACAAAGACUGAUAACAACAAGCAGGAUGCCACUACGGCGGCAAAGGAGGAGAUCAAACCAAUGGAAAAGACUGAGCAGGGUAAGGAAGAGAAAGACUCGAGAGGUGGUGAGAGCGUGUCGGCGAAGAAGCUGUUGGAUUCUCCAAAGCUUCCGUUGAAGAAGCUCACCCAAGAGGCCCGUGAAUCCAGUCCAGUUCCGAAGGUUGAAGAGAAAAGAAAGAAUUCAAGCGAGGAAUCGACAGUUGGUGUCAAGAACAUGAAAGCAGCUGAAAAGGUCACCGUGGAAUCUCCCAAGCCUGUAAGGAAAGCUGCUGAGAACGCCGCUUCGAAGCCAACUACAGAUUCACCGAAGGAUCCGUCUUCUCCGAAGCUUCCACUGAAGAAACUUACCCAACAGCCAAGAGAGUCGAGUCCAGUCCUUAUAACGAAAACGGAAGUCGGUAAAGUUGAAUCGAAGGCAGCGAAGAAAGAUGCGAAAGCAGAUGGGAAGCUCUCAGCAGAUUCUCCGAAAUCUAAACAAGAGGAGACGAAGAAGCUGGUUCCUGUUCAGGAAAAAGAUGUUCCGUUGCUUAAGCAGACGCCUGAACAACCGCAAAAGAAUUCAACUCAAGUGUCGCCGGAUAUUGUCACAGCUGGUAAGACGGAAGUGAAGCCCAAAGAGACUGUCCAGGCUGAGUCAACAGAAAAACCAAACACAGAUUCUGCAGAACUCAAGAGAGCUACGCCUGUUGAACCACCCAAACCUAAGCCUCUCCAAGACUCCCCGAAGCUUCCGCUCAAGAAACCUAUCUCCGAAACACCUGAACCAAGUCCGACUCCCAAACCGACCGACGUAUUCAAAGUCCCGGAAGUUCGUCCGGCAUCUCCCUUCAAAAAGCCAGCCCCGAAACAACCACCGCCUGUCCCUGAUCUCCCAAGCGACCUCACGCCACCACCAACACCCACAAAGCCACUCAAGAAGACUCCAGCCAUUGCUCAAGAACCGCCCCGACCAGAAUCCCCGAAAGCCAAACCGUCCCCUCCGUCGGCUAUCGAAGCUGCUCCGAAGCCUACCACUCCGGAACAGCUUCCCAAGGCCCCACCGCCCCCCGUCGAACACCCCAAACCAAAGCCCCUCCUCAAACCGAUCACCGCUCGCAAGAGGACCACCAAUCUGAACCUUCCGCUCUCGCCAGAACAACAGGAAGAGGACUUCUGGAGCAACAUCGGAACGCGGGAGACGGUCUCGUUCGCACGGCGCAAGCAGAACAUCGAACGCCGAAACCAGAUGGUGCUGCUGAAGUUCGCCGAGCAGCAGGAGGAGGAGGACGAGGAAGACCAGGAGGAGGAGGAGCAACCCGAGAAGACGUCGAAGAAUGUGAGUACGAAGGUAAUGACGUCUCCACCAGCGGCAGCGAUCGCGGACAUGCCACAGUGGCCGAAGCCGAUCGAGGAAGCGGUGGGUGUGGCACGGAAGGCGUUCGAGGUGACGCCGGUUCGGAUGGAUGAGGUUAAGAAGGCGCCGUUGGUGGAACAGAAGGAGGAAGCGGCGAAGAAGGCAGUGGGAGGUCCCGAAGAAGUCGUGAAGGUACCGUUGACGGUACAAAAGGUUGAUGAACCCAAAGCAGGAGUUCCUAAUGUGAUGAAAAUAGAGGCUAAAGAACCUCCGAAAGAUGUACCGCAACUUAAAGAAACACAAGAACUACCAAAAGCUGGUUUUCUCAAAAAGACUGCGGCGACGGAGGUGAAGGAACCACCGAAAGAUACACCACAGACAAAAGAAAAGCUGGAAGAUCAACCCAAAGCUGGUUUUCUUAAAAAGACUGCGGCGGCGGAGGUGAAGGAAUCCCAGAAAGAUGUAUCGCAGCCAAAAGAAAUUCAAGAGACACCCAAAGUCGGUUUUCUGAAAAAGACUGUAACAACGGAGGUGAAGGAACCGCCGAAGGAUACAUUACAGACAAAAGAUUCGCCCAAAGGAGGCAUCCUAGGCCUCAAAAAGGUUUUACCGGUCGAGCCCAAGCCAACAAAGGAACCAUUGAAGACAACAGAAGAACUGUUGAAAACAGGUUUAGCCGGUCUGAAGAAGACCUCAGAGGUCGAACCAAAGGAUGCACAGAAAGCUAAAGAACCGACAGAGGAGCCAAAAGCAGGAUUCCUUUCUCCAAAGAAGAUUCAAGAAGCGAAAGAUCGACCAAAGGAACCUCCAUGUACCAAAGAUCUUCCUGAGGAAUCGCCAAAAGCGGCGGUCGUUGACCUGAAGAAAACUGCGGUAGUUGCACCCAAGGAACCCACUAAAGAACAACAGGUGGAGCCGAAGGCUAAUACCUUCGGUCUCAAGAAGGCUCCAGAACCUAGUUCUAAGGAACCCUCAAAAGUUGUCGAAGCCCCUGAGGAAUCUCCUAAGAAAGGAUUCCUCGCUCUUAGGAAAAAGAUUCAAGAUCUGGAAACGAAGCAAACCUCCGCGGAGUCACAAAAACCACCAGAGAGUCCAAAGAAGCUUCUGUCUCCAUCGCCACCAAAUUCUCCCAGGAAACUGAUCGGCCAGAAGCUCUCACCCAAGGAACUGAUCAAAUCCGUAGCACCAACGAUCGCCGCCGAGGCAGAGAAGAAACUGGCACAGGUACAGAAGACGCCGAAGAAGCUCUCGCCUACUAAAGAGGAAAAGCCGCCGCAAGAAGCCAUCGUCAAGCCGGAAGUCACCCCGAAAGAGCAACAACCCGAGCCGCAGGCGGCCGUUGAACCCAAACCAGCCGACGAUGAAGGUGCGUCGGCAGCGGCAGCUGCGGCGACCGAACCCAAAAAGACGAAGAUCGUCAAGAAAGUGAUUAAGGUGGUGAAACCGAAGGCACCGGCAGCACCGCAACCGGAUGCAGCCAAGGUCGAAGCCGAGCAACGGCGAAUAGCGCAGGAAAAUGCCGAAAAAAUCAAAGCUAAGGUAAACCAGAUAACGCUCAACAUGGGCGCGAAGCUCGACGUGGAGAUAAAGGACUGUGCCAAGUGUCAACAAGCAACGCUGACCGAUACGGAAAAGGUUCCCGCUAAGAAACCGAUCAAUACGACUACGUCAGCCGCUGACAGCAAUCCGAAAACAGAUUUAGCGAAAAAUAAAUUUGGCGCAGUAUCAAACUUAAGUAGUCUAUCAACGGCGAGUACGGCAAGUGAUCGAUCAGUUACCAAGCAGGUAUCGGCGGGCGCGGAUCAGCAAUCGAAACAAGCGAACCAAGUGAUAAGACGGUGCUCCUCCAGCAGUAGUAGUGAAGAAGAAGAAGGUACCGCCUCAGAGACAUCGUUUUCAGGUAUCGAGGACGACUGGUCAUCGGAGGAAGAAGAAAUGGCCAACGACAAGGCGGAGAAGAAGAAGUUCGACCCGCAGAAGCGCGUCAAGUUGAGCUUCGAGCAGAUGCGUAAGUGUUACUCCAAGGAGGAGAAAUGUCCAAUCGUGUUGGUGGCACGUCCGCGGCCUCUGUGGAAGGUGAAGCGACACGGGCACAGGCACAACCGCCAUGCGGACCUGACCAGCAGCAGCAGCGGCAGCGAGGACGAGUCCGGCUCGGCCACGGAUCAGACCUCGUCGGAGACGGCGUCCACCGUGGACGCCUCGUCCGACCUGAACACCGACAGCAGCAUCAACAGCAGCCGCGGCCCGAAAGGCAGCGGCAAGAAGAAGCAAGUGAAAUCCGGUAGCAAAACCAGUGACGUUGGUAGUGAUAUCUAUGAUAACCCGAUGGUGAUCCCGUUGCACUCGGAGCCCAAGGGCUCCGCCGGUUCCGCGGUCAGCAGCCGGGAUGAGAACAACAACGACAACAGUGGUGGCCAGCUGCCGCCGAACGAGGAGGACGGCGAGAACGACAAGAAUGCCGGAAACCACGAGGUGCGCAGCACCAGCACCAGCAGCCACGAUUCGGGCUUCUACGGUGGUGGCACGGCACCGAUCAGCCCCAAGAAGGCCAUGGGUAAGUGGUCACCAAGCGAUCAUGAUCAUGCGCACGGGGUUCAAGGUGAAAGAAAAAAUCGAUUCUCACAGUACGGGGACGCGGGGGAUGGGUCUUCCUUUGAUCGCCGCUCGCUUUUGUUUGUUAUUGUCUAUCGCAGGUUCAUGAUGGGGUGGUGGUGCGAUCGAGUGACUGAUCGAGGGACGGCGUUGAGUCACCGAACCCUCACAAGAUCACACAAGGCGGGGAUGCGACUCAUACGACCAAGCGGUUGCGCAACGUUGCGUAAGGUUCAAGCCCGGAAGUCUGCGAUCGGCGGCGGUCGACUCCCGCAGAUGAUCGAUUAAUUAGCAAAUCGAUCGUCGAUCAGUAUCGAUCGAUCGAUAGAUCGAUCGG